AUGUCUGACAUCGACACCUCCUCGAACCUCUCCAUCCCGUCCGUAGCAUAUGGCCAUUUGGACAUAAUAGACAUGUGUAUGAUCAUGGGCUCUGCAAGAACUAGGCGAGCUGGGACAAACUCCUUGAGCGAUUGGUUCUUGACCUGGGCGAUUGCUCCUUCAUUCUAUCACCCCGUACCCAUUCGCCUUUCUACCGCGCAGUACCCGAAUAGCUCAAAAUCCUAUACUCCAGUCUUGACCCCGUCCAAGCGCAUAAGCGCCGACCUCACGUGCAACACACCAAUUUCCUCCGAUCAAAUUCUCUCCAUCCCCGCACAUACCCACCACCACCCACCUUCAUCUCUUAUUCUUAUUAUAUUCAUAUACGACAACCAUGGGCAUCUCGUACUACGACGAAGUCGAAAUCGAGGACAUGGUAUGGACGAACAAAAGGGCGUUUUUCAUUAUCCUUGCCCGUGCGGCGAUCGGUUCGAGAUUUCCCGACAGCAGCUCGCAAACUACGAGGAUAUCGCGACCUGCCCGAGUUGUAGUCUCAUCAUUCGAGUGAUAUUUGAUCCUCUUGAUUUCGAAGACGAGGAGCCUGACGAGGAUGAUGGUAAUCCUGCAGAGGAAGAGGAAGAGGAUAGUAGCAGUGAAAACGGUGGGAAUGAGGACGAAAAGUUCCAGGACGCAAUGGAGAACCUUAGUCUUGGCAACGAUGAGCCAGCCGUUGUGACCCUCGUCCCGGCAGCGCGCGCAUAA